GGGCAAAGGUCACAUUGAACAAAAUGGCAGAAAAAAGUGCGGCGUCUGCAGGUCUUACAGAUGAGCAGAUACAUGAGUUGGUACAGAAAAGCCACCAGGCCAAGCAGAGAGCCUAUGCACCUUACAGUAACUUCCGUGUAGGAGCAGCGUUACACACAGAGGAUGGAACAAUCUUCACUGGUUGUAAUGUAGAGAACGCUUCCUAUCCUCUGUGCUGCUGUGCAGAGAGAACAGCCAUCUUCAAUGCUGUUACAGAGGGCUGCAGGACAUUUAGAGCCAUGGCCGUGGCAACGGAUGUAGAGAGUGAGUUCCUGGCACCCUGUGGCAGCUGCAGACAGGUCAUGAGAGAGUUUGGAACAGACUGGACCGUAUACCUGACCAAGCCUGACCUGUCAUACCGGACCAUGACUGUGGGGGAGCUGCUACCAUGUAGCUUUGGUCCAGAUGAUCUCAACAAGCCAAAGGUCAAAGGGCAGUGA